GUGUCACGUGCUGGAUGACGUAAAAAACCUUGUACAUGGCUGCGGGGGCCGGGGAUGCUGCUGCAUGUGUAUGUAGCGGCCGGGGAGUCAUCAGCACUGCAGCAGUGUGACGCCGCCGGGGAGAUGGUCACUGCAGCGCGCACAUUCCUAUAUAUGUAACAUUUGGGUAGAAUGCCGCAAUCAAGACUUUAGAAAUGAAAGAUCAAUCUUCUUCGAGUGACCUCUGCCCAUUCUGUGGGAAGCCUUUUAAGAGGCUGAAGUCCCAUUUACCAUACUGCAAGAUGGCUGAUUCCAAGAACAAGUCGCCAGCUAUGGCCAACACAAAUAUAGAUACCCAGAUGUCUGUGAAAAACGUGAAUGCAGUGUUGCCAGGAGAAGUCACAACAGGGUAUUCAAAAGUGAAAGGGAAGCAGAAGACUGAUAUUACUGAGCACAUUGGGAGACCAACAAAACAGCUUCAGAUAAACAGUACAACAUCCUCAUCUCAAAAAACCCAAGCAAAGAUGACAAAGCCUUCGUCAGAUAGUAAAGUGCCCUAUGUGACACAACCGAAAUCUAUCGUGAGCACAAAAGGACAGCGUUCAGAGAAAGAUGUAAAUAAUAUUCAUGUGAACAAACCAAAUGACAAAUUAAUCCUUGCAGAAGACAUCAAAGCAAAACAAUCUUAUUUAAAACAUUCCAAAAAAAAUCUAAAAGCUCCUCUAUCCGGAACCAGUAAGGUGGUUACAUUAUUAAGGGAGCAAGGCCAGGCUGCUGUACCAGAGAUAGUACCAUCUGCAGCAGUCUUCCAGGGCAUUUCAGCAAGACCAGAUACUGAUGGGAAGGAGACAGCUAUUGUGGAAUCAGUCCGUGUGAACAGUUUUAGUCAGAAGCUUAACGUUAUGUGCCAACAAGUUUCAAAUGGCACUUUGGAAAUUACUGAAAAGAAGUGUGUGAGAAUAACUGUACAAGACCAGUUCUACAUAAAGACCGGGGAUAAUACACAAGAAGGUGUAACUAAUAACACAGUUGCAUUAUGGGAUCAAUCACAAAGUUUCCUCAAUGAAAAAUACUUCCAUGAGCAAGUGAGCCUGGUCUUGCAGCAGGAUUCAGAGCCAAGUUCUCCUUGUACGAAAUCCUCCCAGGUUUCCACUCUUGAUCUGUCUAGCACUAUUGUCCAGGAAAGCCUUGCCACACAAUUGUUACCUAGUAUCUCUCCUACACUGCACUCACAGGAUACACAUAUAUCUGCUCUGAAUAACAUAAAAACAUUGCAAACUAUUCCAAAAUCCAUGGAGAUUAACCUCCACUUUCUAUCCCCAUGCAAGAUUGUGUCUGUUGCAGAUGUAACACCAGUAAAUAACACAUUAGGACUGCAGUGGAUCCCUCAUCUGUAUUCUAAUUAUGUCAGGCAACGCAUUGCUCCUGGAAGACAAGACGAAUGGGGUCUGGACCAGAGGCGGAGUGAAACAAAAGAACCACCAGAAGUAAAGCCUGUGCUUAGCAAGCCUGCUACGGAUAGCACGUUCGCAUCCAGACGCCUGAUGGAUGUCAGGCUUGGAGAGCUCCCUUUAUGGUUGGCUAACCGUAGGUUUUCAAUUAAGACGUUUCCAGAAUUAGUUCAAAACGCUUGGGGGCGAUACUACAACAAGUACAUCAAUGUGAGGAAAGGUGGUGCAGCAGGCCUCGCUAUGCUGCUUGCCGGGUAUUGUGUCCUGAGCUAUUCCUGGAAUUUCAAUCAUAUAAAACAAGAUCGCUGGAGAAAAUACCAUUGAGAACUUCUUGCCAAAGAUCCUGGUUAAACUCAGCAGCACUCCAGGCCCCGUUGCAGAAUGUGUGUUAAAACCAUUAAUGAUCAGUUGUUUUUUUAUUUGUUUGCAUUGAAUCGUUUGUUUACUUAUUUUUAUUUAACAAAAGGAUAGUUCAGCAUUCUAGUUUAUCAAACAUCGUAAAGUCAUAUGAAGAAUGUGUGAUAUUUAUUUAAUAAACAUCUUUCAUCUUUA